AUGAAUUUAAACUUUAGGGCACUCUGCACGAAACCAACAUCAUCAAGUAUCAAAGAUAGUUUCUGGUCAGGCUAUGAUUUCACUCCUGAAACAAAUUAUGAGGAUCCAGAAUUACAACACCAAAUCAAAAAUCCUCCAGGUAACAACAUACCAUACCUCCAGGGGCAAACUUCCUGGUCAGAUCAUGAUGGAGCAACAAUUCCAGACAGAUCAGCCCAAUUUGAUUCAUACAAGAAUGAUUUUGAGGACCUGGUUCAUGGGUUUGGGAUAAACAAUCCAGCAUACAAAUUUGAAAUUGAGAACAAUAAGCAAAGUGAUAUAGGGACUUCAAGAACUCAUGAAGUCAUUGUGCCGCUAGAUAAUGGAUCCAAAUCAAGAUAUUCUCACAAUCCUACUCCCAAUUUCUUCUAUGAGCCUCACUCUAGGAAUUUUGAAAAAUUCAAUGAAGAGACUGCACUAUUACAUCCUCAAAGCUUACACUUUGGCCAAGCAAGCCAAUGUGAACUUCCAAUGCAAGAAAUUGGGCCACACCUAGAUAUAUUAAACAAUAUUCAAAAUAUUGAUUCACUUUCAAGUAUCAAUGAUUUUAUCCACAAACCAGAUUAUCUGCACUAUGGGCUGAACCAACUCCCAUACUCAUUCCAAGAUCAAACUGUCCACCAUUCUCAUGCAAAAGAAGACUGGUCCAAGGACAGUCUUAUCACACAAGACAAAUUUCAAGAUUCCUUUUCCAAAAAUAGUUCUGAGGAUGAUCUUGGUAAGGUGGAACCACCUAAAUACAGUUCUGGACAUGACCACAAGAUUACUGAAGUUGGUAUUUCAAAGACAAACACAAUGUGCCACCUCCAGAAUACAAGCAAAUUUUUGUCAUACCCCAGUCAUGCUUCUAAUUUGUUGCAUGAACCCUUCCAUACAUCCCCAGGCUUUCAGACAUUUACCAAAGAAAAUGGAUUGCCUCUGCAUGAACACCUAUACUUUGACACAGGAAGUUGGGUUGAAAUUCCAUUGCAAGAGAUCCCAUCACCAUCCAAUUCAUUAGACAGAUCUAAGGUGUUGGGUCCUUUCCAGGUAAAGAGUUUUGGAGUGUCAAUGCCAAUUCUUGAUCAACAUCUGGUAGAUCUUGAUAAGAAUGAUAAGUCAUGUCAAACCUCACUUGAAUUUGAUGAGGCUAAUCCAUUCAGAGGGACUGAGGAAGAAUUGCAGAAUAUGAAAAGUCUUUUGGAACCAAACCAAAAGAAUCAUCAGGUUCAAGAGGAAAGGACUAGGGAUGAGGAACCUGGAAUAAAUCAGCCUCUUCAUGACAAGGAUCCUGUAUACAGUGUUAGAGAAGAAUCAGGACGGAAAGCCAAAGUUUUUAAUUUAUCUGGCACAUUGCCAUCAUUGAAUCCACUGCAAGGAAUCAAGAUUGGAAAAAAGAGCCUACUACCAGAGAUUGAAUUGGAUCAUAUUCAAAAAACUACCAGCACACAUAUUCUUCCAUGUUCUUCAAACCUGGCACAUUCUGAUGAACACAGUGGAGCAAUAUUACCAAAGAAAAGGAAAUUGCAUCCCUUGGUAAAAUUCAAAGAUCUUAAAACUCAAAAUGAUCAUGCUUCAACCAAAACACAUUUGAAUUACUCACCUACUGAAAAUAAAUUCCAAGCUUCUAUGGAAAAACAGAACAUAAAAUCCACAAAGUCCAGUCAAGUAAGACAGGUAUUACAAACCCUUAAACAGAUAGGUUCAUUCAAUGUUGAUAAUUCACUCACUAUCUCUUAUGAAACAUCUCAUUGGUUUCUGGACCUCAAGACUAAAAUGAUAGGCAACUCUCCUGGGAAUCAAUCCUGGAUUAGGCAGGUUUCUUUAGCCACAAAGCAUGCUCACUCAUACAUCACCAUGACAUUCCUUGCACUUCUGUCCAUCUAUGAUUCAGUUGCAAAAGAUCAGACCUCAAUUGAUCAAGUCCUAAGAGAUGGUUGGGAAUUUCUCAAAUCAUAUUUUGAAAAAUGGGAAAAUAUAAAGUUUGAAUACAGGAAUAUCAAAGGGUUCAAGAAAACCAAAAAAAUUUAUGAGGCAGGUGAUUGGCAUGACCAUCAUUUUGUGUUUCAACACCUUGCUAAAUUAGACUCAGAAAAAAAUAUGAGAUCAGAAAUAUUGAAAUCCAUUGUUGAUGAAUGGAGAAAGUACAGAGAAGGCCCAGAGAUUCCAAUUCAAUCACCAGAACUACUACUACAGGAUAUCUUGAAUUCAUAUCAACCUGGGCCAGCUUUUAUUUUGGGUGGAUUCUUUUCAAGAGGUGAUGUAAAAAACCCUCAAUUUGAACAUAUUAAUAGCCAUUUGUCAUUGAAAUCAUACAGCAAGGAGAAAGCUAGAGCAAUGGGAUGUGUACGUAUAGCCAAUUCAGCAAACUUCAUGUCACAAGAAGGUUUUCCAUUAUGUCAAGAAGUUCAUAAAUUCUUUCUUUCUUUGAUGCAAAGCCUACUGGAUAAUUACAGAAGCAUGAAUGGAUGUGAUGUUCCUAUAGAAGAGCUAACACUAUGGGAUCAAUCUCCUAUUCAAUCCAAUGUUGAAGGGAGGCAUAAGUCAAAUAUGAAAAAAAUUGUCAAAGCUGUCAGUAUUGCUGAAUACAAGGUAACAGUAGGAUUUAUAGGGAUAGUGAGAGAAUUGUACCAAAGAGAUCUAGCAGAGGAUGAUCUCAGGUUACUCAUUUCAAAUGCAUGGGAAUUCUUGAAAAUCACAUUUUCAGAGUGGGAGGAAUUCAAAUUUGAAGAUGAACACCUCCAGAUGUACUUUACUCCACUAGAAAAACGGCCAUAUUCAGACCUCUAUUGGUCUGAUGCCAAAAGGAUAUUUCAUGGCCUUUGGCAGAUUCCACUCUAUGAAACUUGUCCAAUCCCGAUCACAUUGUUGAGAACCCUCUUCAAAUCAUGGAGCAAGGCAGUCUGGGAAACCAAUUUCAACACAGGAGUUAUUCCAGGCUUCAAAACCAAGAACUUAUCCCACAACUACUUUGUAGCAAGAAUAAACAAUCUUGAUUUAAGAGCAAAACACAGGCUGUGGGAAUUACCCAAGGCUGUGGGUGUUACCCAUUGUCAUUACAUUAUAAGAGUUGCAACAUUGAUGUAUUUACCUUGUAUCGAGGGUCUUGGUAAUUGGUGCCCACCUGAAUUGAUGACACCACCAUGA